AUGGAUAUUGAUAGUAUUUCAAAAUUAAAAGUUGCAGAUUUAAAAAAAGAACUUGAAAAUAGAUCAAUUAAAACCAAUGGAAUGCUAAAGGCAGAUUUGAUUGAUAAAUUGAAAGAGGUUUUAUUUAAAGAACAGCAAUCACAAGAAAUAAAAUCUAAUACAAAUAUAGAAAAUCAAUUAAACACAGAUAAAGAAAAAGUCAAUAGAGUCGAUAAAGAAACCAUUGGAUCAUUGGAAAGGGGAAAAGAAGAAAAAGAAACAUUAGAAAAAGAAGAAAAGGAAAGAUCAGAAAAAGAAGAAAAAGAAAAAUUAGAAAAAGAAAAAUUAGAAAAAGAAAGAUUAGAAAAAGAAAAGAUAGAAAAAGAAAAGAUAGAAAAAGAAAAGAUAGAAAAAGAAAACCAGGAAAAACAAAAAAGAGAGGAUAAAGAGAUGGUAGAAAAAAAAGAAAACGAAGAUUUAAAUAAAAAAAGAAAAACUGAAAAUGAAGUCAAGGAUAGCAGCAGCAGCAAUGAAAAUAUACAAACAAAAAAGAAAAGGAUAGAGAAUGAAAGUGAUAAUAAAAUUAAAAAUGAAAAUACAAAACAUGAUGAUACUAUAAUACCACCUCAAUCAUCAUCUCUAAACAGUAGUAGUGGUAGUGGUAGUAGUGGUAGUAGUAGUAGUAAUAAUAGUAGUGAUACAAUUCUAAUUAGUAAAUUAGUUAGACCUUUUAGGGUGGACAUGAUCGAGACAUUGAUGAAUGAAUAUGGAAGUGUUAAAAACUAUUGGAUGAACAGUGUGAAAUCAUUUUGUUUCGUUACUUACUCCACAUCAGAGGAGGCGAUAAAAGCAAGAAAUUCUUUAAAUGGAUUGGUUUGGCCUCCUUUAAACAGAUCAAAACUUAUUGUUGAAUUCUCCUCUGAAUCUGAAUCAAACAAAGCAAAGAAUAGAGAGUUAGGAAUAUUAUCUCAAUCAUUAUCAUCAUCCUCUUCUUCUUCUUCAUCUUCUUCAAAACCAACAUCAACAUCAACACCAGUAAAUACAACAACCACCCUUUCAAAUUUAUCGAAACAAACCAAAUUAAAUAAAAAUGAUAAUAAUAAUAAUAAUAACAAUAAUAAAAAUAUUGAAAAUAAAAGUAAUAAAAAAAAUAUUGAUGAAAAUUUUCGAAAAACAAAAACCAAUCCUCCAAUUUAUUGGUGUCCUUUAACUGAUCAAGAGGUCGAAGAAAAGAGAAUUUAUAUGAAUAAAAGAAGAUCUAUGAAUUUUAAUCGCCCAAGAUAUUAA